AUGGGAGAAAUGAAUAAAACAAAGAUUUUGGAUUAUUUUGAAAAGCUAAUUAAAUUAGAGAAUAUUUAUGAAAAUAAAGAGAUUGAAUUAUGUUAUGAACAUUUAAAUAAAGAAGAAUUAGUUGAAAAAGGAAUUUUAUUAAAUAGUUUGACAAUUAAAAAUGUUACAAAACAUUAUGGAGGGAAUAAUAAUUCUUAUGUUUUAAAGUUAGUAAAAAAGAAAAAAAGUGUGGACACCAAUGAUUUAAGUGAUGAUGAAAAUUUAGAAAAUUUUAAUCAUAAUUUAUUUAGUAAGGGAAGUAUAAUACAUUUUUCAAAAAAAAGAAAGAAAUAUAAAAUUGAUAAUGACAAGAAUGUAACAGUGAAUGAUAAUAUAGGGAUUUAUACAUGCACAGUUAAUAAAAUAAAAAAAAAUAAAAUAAAUAUUUUAAUAAAUAAUAUAGAUAUGUUAUGUAAAGAACUUAAUAUUUCAAAUCCAUAUAUGUUAUCUGAAAAAUCUUAUUUUGACAUAUGUUUAGUUAAUAGUGAAAUAUCUACAAAUAGACAAAUUCAAGCUAUCCAAUUGAUAAAAAAUACAUUGGAAAAUCCAACAGACAUAUUAAAGAUCUUAUUUUUGGAUCGAGUCCCGACUCAAAGUCCUUUUUUAAAAAAAAUAUUGUCUCUUUUUUCUGAACACAAUCAGGAAGAGAUUGAGAAGAUUGAGAAGGUUGAGAAGGUUGAGAAGGAAGAUCAAACUAAUCAAAUAGAUUCCAAUUCAGUAACUACCCAAGGAUCAGAUAUAAAUAUGUCAAACUAUAUUUACAGGUGUAAUAAAAUAGAAUGGGGAAAUAAAAACUUAAAUUGGAAUCAAAAAAAAGCAGUAUAUCAUUGUCUUUAUUCUGAUAACAUUUUUUGUAUACAUGGGCCACCAGGAACAGGAAAGACAACUGUUUUAUGUGAAGUUAUAUUUCAAUUAAUUAAAAAUCGAAAUUGUAAAAUUUUAGUUACAGGACCAAGUAAUGUGUCAGUAGAUAAUAUACUAGACAAGUGUGUAAGUAUGAAUAUAAAAAAUGUUUUUCGUAUAGGGUUAAAAAGUAAAAUUAAAAAAACAUUAUGGAAUUAUAGUUAUGAUGAAAAAAUAAAAGAAUGUGAUAGUUAUAAAUUAUGUGCAGAUAUAGAUAAUGAUAUUGAAAAAUUAAAAUCUGAAAUUUUAAAAUUAAAAAAAAAAAAAAAAAAUGAAAAAAGUUAUUUUGAUAGACGAAGUAUAAUGAAUUUAAAAUAUGAAAUUAAAGUAUUAAAUAAAAGUAAAAAAAAAAAAAGAAAUAUAUUUUUUAAAGAAUUAAUGGAAAAAAAUAAUGUUGUAUUUUCAACAUGUUCUAGUAGUUCUAAUUAUGAAUUAAAUAAGUUUGUCAAAUUAUCAAAUUUUUUAUUUGAUGUUGUAUGUAUAGAUGAAUGUUGUCAAUGUACUGAGCCAUUAUGUUAUAUACCAAUUUCGUUAGCAAAAAAAAAUGUCUUUUUAUUUGGUGAUCAUAAACAAUUAUCACCAUUAAUUAAAUAUAAUAAAAAUAAUAAUAAAUUAAAUAUUACUAUGUUUGAGCGUUUGAUAAGUAAAUAUAAAGAAAGUGUAUCUUUUUUGUUGAAUAUACAAUAUAGAAUGAAUCAUAAUAUUUUAUUAUGGUCAAACAAAAUAUUUUAUGAAAACAAAUUAAAUUCACAUGAGUCUUGUAAAAAUAUAAAGGUUGAUGAUAUUGUAGGAGAUAAGAAAGGGCAAUUGAAAAAUGGUAAAAAUGAACAAGGGGAGAAAAAAAAAAAAAAUCAAAAAAAUAAAAAAAAAGGAAAAAAUUUUAACCAUACUGAUAAUAAAAAGGAAGAUGAUUCAUCUAAUGAAAACAAUGAAAUAAAUUCAGAGGAAGUGGAAAUAAAAAAAUAUAAAUAUUAUCCUAUUACUUGGAUAGAGACAGAUGGUUUUGAUGAAUUUUUAGAUGACACAAAAGAUGAAGAUAUGAUAAAUUUUGAGAUGAAAGAAAAGAAAAGUAACCAAACAAAAAGUGCCGAUAAUAAUGAUGACACUAAAAAGGGUAUGAAGAAAGGGGAUACAAAAAAGGAAGUAAGCAAUAAGACUGAUUCAACAAAACGAGAAGACAAUUUAGAGGUGAAUGAAACAAAAGCAAAGACUAAACAUGGUAGCAAAUCAAAUGAUAUCAAUAAAGAUAAUGAAACUAAUGAGGAAGAUAGGAUAUGCAAAUUGAAUGAUGCCGAAUUAAAUGAUAUUGUAAAAAUAAAUGUUGAUGAGAUCAUAAAUUUAAGUAAUAAAUCUAGAGGUAAUAUUGGAGAAGCUUAUUUUAUUUAUAAAUUAAUUGAAUAUAUGAUUAAAAAGGAUAAGAUAUGUCCAAAUGAUAUAUGUGUUAUAACCCCAUAUUCUAAACAGAUGAAUAUACUAAGAAAUAUAUUUUAUGACAACAUUUUUAAUAAUAAAAAUUAUAUCAAUGAUUAUAAAAAAAUUGAAAUAUCAACAGUUGAUUCAUUUCAAGGACGAGAAAAAGAAAUUGUUAUUUUUUCAUUAGUAUGUUCAAAUUAUUUUAAAAAUAUUGGAUUUCUUAAAGACUAUAGAAGAUUAAAUGUAGCAAUAACUCGAGCUAAAAGACAUAUAGUUAUUGUUGGAAAUUCAAACACAAUUUCCAAUGAUGAUGUUUUAAAUGAAUUGUAUGAAACCGUUUUAGAUCAUGGGAAAGUAUAUCUUGUCAAUGAACUAAUAGAUGUAGAAUCAAUGAUUGAUUUUUGUGCAUUCUAA